GGUUUAAUUUGCUGAAAGCGCAUUGCCCCGGGCGAACACGCUACAGACUACAGGCCCCACAGUCAGAUGGAGCUAGUUGAUGUCUGUGCUGUGAGUGGGGGACGCUACCGCUUCUCGCUCUGCGCGACACUCUCCGCGCGCAGCCGGCGUCUGGCCAAUGUAACUGUAAAAAGUUUGAUAAAAAGGUUUCUUGAUUUUUUCACCUUGUGAACCUUGGCAUUUCAAGACGUAUAUCAGCACGCGUAUUUUAGAUCUCUACCAGGGACGGAUCGGUGUGAGAAAAGGUGAUGACUGAAAUGAAACUUAUUUUUCACGGUUGUCUUUGUUUUCCCGAGAAAGGCUGGACGCAAACUUCUUAGUCACAUCGGUGAUGAAGUCUCACCACUGGCUCCAAAUUUCGCAAGCUGUUUAUUAGGCUGUUAUAGUCAUUUUGACUGUUACCAUUGCGGAAACGGCCCAGCUCAGCGCGUACCUUUACCUACAGAGAACUCAGACUUGGUGGUACUUUUGGGGAGCCACAGUCUGAAGCGCAGCACGUGCAAUGCGCACGGCGCGUUCUGUCUGCCUUCCAACUCCCCAGCGAACAGAAAAUCUAACGGAUUGCGAAGCUUGCGUUCGCUGGCGUUUCCCUAGGAUGUGUGCGAUACUGACAGCGACGAUUCUCGCGGUUUUUGUCCAAGGGCUGGACGGUGCGGAGCGUGGGGAGGGGGUGAAGGCGCUGCCCCUGCCGGUGAGCUUCAGGGUGCUGAACGCCGAGGCGCUCUUCCUGAAGGAGGCCAGCGGGGACCUGCUGCCCAACUCCAGCCUGGCGAGCCACACCCAGGCCCUGGUGCUGCUGCGCGCCGGCCAGAACCCCGCCAUCACCGCCGGCUACGGGCCGCUGAGCGCCCAGGCCCCCGCGCCCCCGGGCCUGGUCCAGGGGCCCGCCCCCGGCCGGAGGCUCCGCCCCUUCGUCCUGGCCCGCCGCGUGCUCUCGUCCUCGCCCAAAGUGCGGGUGCUGUUUCACGCGGCGGGGGGGCGGGACGUGGAGGGCGGGGCCGGGGGCGGGGCCGCGGAGGGGGAGGAGGAGCAGGCGUGCGUGACGGUGUACGGCUUCUCGGAGACGCAGGAGGCGCGGGGCGCAUGCACGCUGGCGGGCGAUUCGGGGUUCUGCGUGGCCGAGCUGGAGCCCCCCCUUGCCUGGUUCCGCCCCCCGGGCGGGGCCUCCAGCCGUGAGAGGCAGGACCAGAAGGAGGCCGCGGUCGGCGCCGGGACCCUGGAGCUGUACUACCGCCCCCGGCCCCUGGGCCCCAAAGGCCGCUGUGUCCCUGAGGACAGCCGGGGGGGCGGGGCCGAGGGAGGCCACGCCCCCACGGCCACGCCCAUGAGGAGGAUCGGCAGUGUGCGCCUCCACAAGGUCCCUCCGGGAACCGCCCCCCUCUCCCGCCUCCGGCUAGGGGGCGGAGUCGUGGUCCAGACCUCCUCCAAUCCGGUGAAGAGCACGGAAGUGGCCACCUUCAUCGUCUGUGUGAGCAGCGCCUCUCCUCUGUCCCGUUUCACCCUCAGAGCAACGGUGAAGAAGGGUCUGUCCUUCAGCACUGCGAGGCCCAGAAACCCCCACCUGUGGGACACCACCCUCGAACCCGGGACCGGCGCUCAGCUGGGCACCAUCUCCAUUAUAUGUCAGAGGAAGUCCCCAGUGCCCGGGAAAAGGCCUGAAGGUGGUCUCCUGGAGCUGCUCCUGCUGGACUUUGAGACAGAGGAGCUCAGCAGCCUAUCAGAGAUGCGGGAGGUCACAUGGCAGCUGGAGCUUCCUGGUGGCCAGCGGAGAGGUGAAGAAGGUGUCAUGGGGAUCUACACCAUGCUGAAGGACUACGUGGGUCUGGCCCCUGUAGUCAUGGACACCGAGCUUGUGAACACGGCGGUGUUGACGGGGAAGAAAGUGAGCGUUGCGGUAAAGACGGUUGCCGUGGCAGCAGACGGGUCGGUCACGGACGUCUCCAACUUUACCCAAUGCAGGUCCACCGAUGAGGACGUCCUGAAGGUGUCGGACAGGUGCGACCACGUCUUCGUGAACGGGAAGGAGAGCAGGGGGCGGGUGCGGGUGGCGGUCAACUUCACCCUCGGCCCCCUGAGCGCCCAGCUGGAGAUGAGCGUGUGGAUGCCCCGCCUCCCCCUGCAGGUGGAGGUGUCCGACCCCGAGCUCAGCCAGAUCAAGGGCUGGAGGGUGCCCGUCCCGGCCGGCAGGAGGUCCAGCGGCGAGAGCGAGGAAGAGGAGGAGCGGAGAGGGCGGGGCUGCAUGCUGCAGUUCCAGCACGCCCAGGUGAAGGUCUUUGCCUCCUUCCUGGCCGAGCAGCCGGACCGGCGCCUGGCCCCUGCCCACUUCCUGGGGCCCGGCUGGCGAGCGGACGUCACCCGCCUGGUGCGCCCCUCCCUGAGGGUGGAGAACCCCCGCGUGGCCCGGCUCCAGGCCGGCAGGGUGCUGCUGGGACGGGGCGCGGGGGUCACCUCCGUCAAGGUGCUGUCUCCUCUCUCGGACUCGGUCCUGGGUGAAAGGUCGGUGAAGGUGCUGGAUGACAGGGUGUCCAUCACGGAGCUGGGGGUGCAGCUGGUCUCCGGCCUCUCCCUCUCCCUGCAGCUCAGCCCCGGAAGCAACAGGGCCAUCGUCGCCACGGCGACCACGCAGGAGGUGCUGCACAGCCCCAAGCAGGAGGCCGUUAUUGGCUGUUGGGUUCAGUUCAGCGACGGCUCCCAGGUGCCCCUGGACAUGUUCGACCCCAGCAGCUACACGCUGACGGUCUCGUCGCUGGACCGGAGGGUGGUGUCCGUGCGGGGCUCCCCGGCCGUGGCAGUGGCGGAGGGGGAGGGCCAGGGGGCGCUGGUGAGGGUGGAGAUGGGCAUCAGCGAGGCGUGUCAGAAGUCCAAGCGGAAGAGCUCGCUGGCCGUGGCGCACGGCGGCCUGCGGGUGGCGUUCCGGCCUGGCGAACCGCGCGGCGGCGACGACAGGCGGGAGGUGGCGACCGAGCCCGGGGGGCGGAGCCUGACAGAGGAGACCUCCGUAUUUGGAUCAGAGGACUGGAGGCCCAGCAGCACUGAGCCCUCCCUUCUGCCGGGUCCCGCCUCUGUCAGUUUGGGCGGGGCGCGUAGCACCACCGUCAGAGCCGCUACCGGCGUGGGAGGAGUCAGUAGCACUGUGGGAGGGGCCAGCACUGGUGUGGGCGGAGUCAAGCGAACUGGAGGCGGGGCCAAUGGCAGCGUGCGAGGAGCCGGUAGCAAUUUGGGUGGGGCCAGCAAUGGUGUGGGCGGAGCCGGCAGCAGUGUGGGAGGAGCCAGUCAAACAGGGGGCAGGGCCAGCAAUGAUGUGGGCGGAGCCAGUCAAACAGGGGGCAGGGCCAGCAACGACGUGGGCGGGGCCAGUCAAACAGGGGGCGGGGCCAGCAGCAGUGUGGGAGGAGCCCGUGGUGUGCUGGGCGGAGUCAGCAGCCCUGUGUAUGACGGAGGCGCGGUCAGCGUGGGCGGGGCCAGGGCCAACACCCUGGACUACUCCGACCUCCCCUCGCAGGUGGAGGUGCCCCGGUGGACCCCGGCCGCGGAGGUGGAGACGGACGUGGUGCAGGCGUCCCGCUUCCCCAGCAGCCUGGAGAUCGGCAUGUACGCGCUGCUGGGCGUGCUGUGCCUGGCCAUCCUGGUCUUCCUGCUCAACUGCGUCUCCUACCUGACCGGCUCGCGGCACAAGAAGCCGCCGCCGGCGCACUGCCAGGACGCGGGGGGGCACCGUCACAACUGGGUGUGGCUGGGCACCGAGGCCGACCGCGCCCUGAGCGGCCCCGUCACCCCGCCCCCGCCGGAGACCCACGCCGCCAUCGCCAUCAGCAUCGACGUGCCGCCCGGCGCCGGCCUGGUCGCCAUGGGCCGCUCCGCCACCCUGGGGAGGAGGCCCGGGGGCCCCCCCGCCGCGGAGGACCCCCCCCUGGGCCGCCGGGGGUCUCUCCAGGCCCGCCCCGCCCGCCCGGACUCCUCCCUCCACUCCCCCACCAGCAAGAGGAAGCGCGUGCAGUUCACCACCUUCUCCUCGCUGGACGGGCCCCACUACUCCACCCUCCCCGGCAUGCACUGGGCCUCCAGGGUGCAGGAGUUUGCCAGCCAGCAGGGGGCGCUGCCCGAGGCGCUGUACGCCAACCUGUCCUACGAACACAAGCCCACGCCAUGAGCUCAACGUGUGCUUUUGGAGACAGUGCGGGGGUGAAGAAAUAUAUUUUAAAAAGAUAUAUAAUAUAUAUAUAUGUAUAAUGAUGUUCUUGUGUGUGUACAGUAUGUGUCCCUGAAUGUGUGUGUUAUGUGUAUGAUUGUGAGAAUGCGUGUUCCAGGAUGUGGUGUGUUUUCCCUCUCUUUCACACACACGGUGACUAAAAAGGGAUUAUUUUUAUAAAUGUGUGUUUCAUUAUAUACACAGUACAUAUGCACUGUUGUUCAAAACAUUUUAUUCACCCUUGUGUGAUUUCCUCUUAAAAACUGGAAGCUGGGGCUCCUGUUUGUCUCUUCAUCUGGGGCAGUUAGCUUGCUUUCCCCUCCAGCUGGGGCAGUUAGCCUGUUUGUCUCUCCAGCUGGGGCAGUUAGCCUGUUUGUCUCUUCAGCUGGGGCAGUUAGCCUGUUUGUCUCUCCAGCUGGGACAGUUAGCCUGUUUGUCUCUCCAUCUGGGGCAGUUAGCUUGCUUGUCUCUCCAGCUGGGGCAGUUAGCCUGUCUGUCUCUCUAGCUGGGGAAGUUAGCUUGCCUGUCUCUCCAGCUGGGGCAGUUAGCCUGUUUGUCUCUCCAGCUGGGGCAGUUAGCCUGUUUGUCUCUCCAUAUGGGGCAGUUAGCUUGCUUGUCUCACCAGCUGGGGCAGUUAGCUUGCUUGCCUCUUCAGCUGGGGCAGUUAGCCUGUUUGUCUCUCCAGCUGGGGCAGUUAGCCUGUUUGUCUCUCCAUCUGGGGCAGUUAGCUUGCUUGUCUCUCCAGCUGGGGCAGUUAGCCUGUCUGUCUCUCUAGCUGGGGCAGUUAGCUUGCCUGUCUCUCCAGCUGGGGCAGUUAGCUUGCUUGUCUCUCCAGCUGGGGCAGUUAGCCUGUUUGUCUCUCCAGCUGGGGCAGUUAGCCUGUUUGUCUCUCCAGCUGGGGCAGUUAGCCUGUUUGUCUCUCCAGAUGGGGUAGUUAGCCUGUUUGUCUCUCCAGAUGGGGUAGUUAGCCUGUUUGUCUCUCCAGAUGGGGCAGUUAGCCUGUUUGUCUCUCCAGCUGGGGCAGUUAGCCUGUUUGUCUCUCCAGCUGGGGCAGUUAGCCUGUUUGUCUCUCCAGCUGGGGCAGUUAGCCUGUUUGUCUCUCCAGCUGGGGCAGUUAGCCUGUUUGUCUCUCCAGAUGGGGCAGUUAGCGCAGAUGCUCAGUGUAUGUGGCUCUGGGUCCCAGCAGGUAUAGCGUCAUCAGCAGAGCGUCUCCAGUGAAGGUUUGCAGAGCUCAUCAGCAGAGCUCCCUCUCCCUCUUCUCUCAAACCUGCGUUUCUCUGAGCUCUACCAGGCACACGGCCCUCGCGUGCAGUGGCUGUACAGCUCAGCCGGGUGCACUUCAUUUGCAUUUUCAUUCUUUAGGCUCUGAGCACACGCUCUUUUCAUCCAGAGAAGUUCUCCGAGCUCGCCUUCUUUUACCCACAGUCCAUUUACACAACCGAAUGUUUACUGAUGCGACUCAGGUUCAGCGAUGGCACCGCUGGCCGCCCCAGCUGGGAACCUGCAGCCUCGUAGCAUAAUGGCUUUGCUAGCCGCUGUGCUACACCCCCACCCUGUACUGAAAUACAGCGAUUUCCAUGGUGAAGCGGACGCUAGCUGCAUGCGUUAAGGAGGGUGUGUGUGCUUGUGUACGCCCCCACCCCCACCCCCACCCCCACCCCGCCAAUCACAAUGCAGGACUGGGUGUUCUAAAUCAGAGGAGAACGGUAAAACGGAACGGGGAAUUUUGAGGACGAAAAAAGAACGAUCGGUUGCAGUGAUUCAACUACCUCGCAAGCCCUUAGCUGUUUUUGUCAUACUGGUAAAUGGACUGCAUUUAUAUAGCGCUUUACAAUUGAUGCCUCGCGUUCACCAGAGCAAUUAGGAGUUAGGUGUCUUGCUCAGAGACACUUCGACAUGCCCAGGGCGGGGGAUCGAACCGGCAACCCUCCGACUGCUAGACAACCGCUCUUACCUCCUGAGCUGAGCUAUGUCGCCCCCAUAUACUGCGUGUAUGUCAGCAGAUUCAGAAGCUUUAAAAACGCACUGGUGCGCGCAGUCGUGGGAGAGUGAAUCACGGUUCCCAUCAUGCACUGCUACUCAUGGUCUUCCUGUGACAAAUAAAAGGUGUUUACCAAUGAGAAGGGCUGUAUGUCACACUGACUGACCUUCAAAAAGUGGGUCGUCCAUUCAUGUGACAAUUUUCUGGAAAUGAUUAUAAAAGCAAUGUCUCAAUUUUACUUCCCGGGAAAAAGCUUUGUACAUGAUUUGUUUGAUGUACUAGGACUUUUUGAAACUGUGUGGCUGUUCCCUUGUAAAUGACCAACCUUUCAUUCUUCUGAUAGAAUUGAGAAAACUGUGAAAUUACUAAUGAAAUCACCUCGUUAUCAAUGUUUUGUGAAGUUCUAAUAAAGUUAUUUAUCCUCUA